GAGCUGCUCCACUUCCUGGUGUGGCGAGGCUGAGGCUGUCUGCUCUGCUGCCAUGGUGGGGUCUUGGAGGAUCGCGGUGCGAGCUGCCCGCCCCGGGCCGCGGCCUGGCCCCCUGUCUGCCCACCCCGGGCUGCGGCCUGGCCCCCUGUCUGCCCACCCCGGGCUGGCCGUGCUGGCCCUGGCUGGGCUGCUCUGGGUGCCCGGCGGCUGCGAGGCGGUGGAAGGGGCCCCGGCUGCCGGCACAGUGAGAGCUGUCACUGCAGGAAACUGGUCUGCGCUCCUGGAGGGGGAGUGGAUGGUGACAUUCUAUGCUCCAUGGUGUCCUGCGUGCCAACAAAUCCAUGCAGACUGGGAGAAUUUGGGAGAAAAAAGCAGCACGCUUGAUAUUAAUGUUGGGAAAGUUGAUGUCACACAAGAACCAGGGCUGAGUGGGCGUUUUUUCGUCACAACGCUUCCAACUAUUUUUCAUGCCAAGGAUGGAGUGUUUCGGAGGUAUCACGGCUCUCGUAUCUUUGAGGAACUUCAGUCCUUCAUCAAAGAGGAGAAAUGGAAGCUGGUGGAACCCAUUGGUUGUUGGAAGUCCCCAUCCUCCAUUUUGAUGUCUGGGAUGGCUGGUCUUUUUCAGCUCUCCGGAUGGAUCCGGCAAACUCACAACUACUUUACCGGUCCUCUUGAAAUUCCUGUUUGGGGGUCUUACGUCAUCUUUAUUGUGGCCACUUUGCUGAUUGGGCUUAUCCUUGGUUUGAUACUGGUUCUUCUAGCAGACUGCUGUUGUUCAUCUAAAGCAAAGUACGAAGUGGUGAGAGCUGAAGAGAAUGAAGAGAAUUUGGAAGUUCCAAUUGAAGGCUCCAAAGAACCUUUAGAAGAAAAUAAAGAGUUCUCUGACAAUGAAGGAGAGAGUGAAAGUGACGAUGAAGAUGCUGAGGAAGGAAGUGAUGAUGCCAAAGACUCUGAUGAAGACUCUGCAGUGGAGGAAUCUGAUACUGAAGAAGACACUAUCCCUCCAGUGGAGAAUAUAAGCACAUCAGAACCUGAAAGUGCCUUGAGACAGCGCAAAACCGAAACCGUUGCAGAUAAUGAACAGUAACCGCAUAUAUAUGUGUGUGAACAUGUGAUAUAUCUUUAUGGACCAAAGAUAUAUGUCCCCACAUUUUGUGGCCAACAUUGAUUUGAUGGUGUGUCAUAUUCAUGUUCUGCAUGACAAGAUGUUCAAAAGAUGAAGUUUUAAAAAGUGCGUGAAUGGAUUGCAGUAUUCUUACUCCAGACAAUCAGAACCAAGUUUUGGCUGUUUUAUGUGUGACUGUUUCUGAAAGUACAAAAACUGUAUUAUUAUUUUUUUCUUUUUAAACAUUUGAGAAGUGAACAUAGUAAGGCUUGUGAGUUAUUUUGCUUAUUUGAGUAAAAAAUAUUUUUUAAGUUGCCAUUAACAAACUAAUCACAUUUAAGGAUUUACUGGAAACCAGAA